AAUACGAAGGAGGGAGCGAGGGGAGAGAACGGCAAUAAAUGAGGCAUUGGAGCCAUGGAUUUAGAAUUGGAGCGAAGUGGUUGGAAGAACGCAGGGAUUCGCGACGAGAGCGAGAUGGAGACUGAAUCUUCCUUUGCCCUAAGUUCUUCAUCCACGAUCCUCCACGACGCUGAAUCCAUUGUUUUUAAAAGGAGAUCUUUCUUUCUUUCUUCCUUCCUUAUUCUGUCCCCCUUCGUUUUGAUUGAUACCUUCCUUUUCCUCUUCCUUUCCAGUGAAGAAUAGUUCGGUUGUUCUUCUUCUUUUCCUUUUCGGUUUUUUAACGAUGUCUGCUUGAGGAUUUUGCUUUUGUUUCCUCUCAUCCGUUUUGUAAUCAAAGUUUUGCCUUUGUUUUUUGUUAUCCAUUUUGGAAUCCAGCAAUUUGUAUAUGGAUGGAUAGAUAGAUAGAUAGAUAGAUAUACUCGGCACCAUUCCUUUCCUGGUUGUUGUUGUUUUUUCCCCCUUUCCCCUUUCUUCUCCAAUUGGUUUCUCGUCUUUGGGAGCCGAGGGAGAAGUUUAACGGUGAAGGAAUCGGUGUUUUAAAUCCGGGGCUCGACGGAUCCGCCAACUCGAUUCGUUCGGUUCAGCUGCCUGGCUGCUCUGGAGUGCAUAUUGGAUGUGCUCAGGACCCUGCCGAUGGGGUCCUGCUUGUCGGCCGACGGGCAGAGCGGUGGCUCCGGCCCGUCGUCCCAGGCGACGCCGUCGCCGGCUUCAGAGGCCAGGCGGCAACGGGGGCGCUCGAAGUGGUGGCCACGGGCAUCGCCAGAGGAGGAGGAGCUCUACGGGAUCCCGGGGAGGAAGUUUCGAAAUGGCUCCACCAGCGCAGCGUCGCUAUUCACCCAGCAGGGCAAGAAAGGGACUAACCAGGACGCCAUGAUCGUUUGGGAGAAUUUUGGUGAUAGGAGUGAUACAGUCUUUUGUGGCGUUUUUGAUGGUCAUGGUCCCAAUGGCCACAUGGUGGCAGGGAAAGUAAGAGAUAUUCUCCCUUUGAAUCUACGAGCUAGUUGGCAGCUAAUUAUAGGAAAUGAUCAAUCCAAAGAGAAUAAUACCAACACCGUGAAUUCGAAUGGAAUCCCAUCUGCAAUCCCCAUGGAUGUGCCCAUAGCUUCUACUACCUUUCGAGAGAGGGACAGACAUUCGAAAUUCUUGAAAACAAUGAAAGACUCGUUCCUCAAGGCUUUCAGAAUAGUGGAUAAAGAACUGAGAUUGCAUCCUGAGAUCGAUUGCUUCUACAGUGGAACAACUGCAGUCACUCUGUUUAAGCAGGGUCAAGAUCUCAUCAUUGGAAAUGUUGGAGACUCAAGAGCAGUUUUGGGCACUAGAGAUGAAAAUAAUUCCUUGAUUGCCAUCCAGCUGACCGUGGAUCUAAAACCAAGCCUACCCAGGGAAGCUGAAAGGAUUAGGCGUUGCAGAGGCCGUAUCUUUGCUCUGAGGGAUGAACCAGAAGUGGCUCGGGUAUGGCUGCCCAAUCAUGAUUCCCCAGGCUUGGCUAUGGCACGGGCAUUCGGAGAUUUCUGUUUGAAGGAUUUUGGUUUAAUUUCUGUGCCUGAAGUUUCUUACAGGCUCAUCACUGAAAAUGAUGACUUUAUUGUUUUGGCCACCGACGGGGUCUGGGAUGUUUUAUCCAACAAUGAAGUGAUAAGCAUAGUUGCGUCUGCUCAUGAAAGGUCAUCUGCUGCUCGUUUCCUAGUUGAAUCAGCUGUUCGUGCCUGGAAGUCCAAGUAUCCGGCUUCAAAAAUUGAUGACUGCGCUGUGGUUUGCCUCUUCCUUAAUAUAGACACAUCCAACAACUCUACUGCCGACAGUAAAGAAGCCAAUGGGCCACUGGAUGACAUCGAGAUUGUCAGUUAUAAACAGGGUAAGGCGUGAGAUCGGUGUGCUCUAGAGCAUCUCCCAGGAGAAUUCCCUGUUAGUUCUGUCAAAGUUUGUUGCAGAGCAGAAGCAACCAGCAACAAGCAUGACAACCAUCAAGCAUCAUCUUAAUUAGUCGAGAUGCCUGCAGUUGGAACAUUAGUUUUCAUGAGAAGAGCAUCCCGACUUUAUUAGAACGUCCAGGUGUUCUUUCUCCUCCUCUCUCUUUUUCUCUGUGAUUUUUAAAUGUCAGUGUGUAGGAUUGCUUUCUUUGCACAAUUCCAGUUUGGUUAGUGUGAGUUGCAAAUCUAGUGCCAUGUUCUUGUUCUCUCGAGAACUCGAUGCUUCACUGUUCGUUAUUCUGCCUUACCAUGUGAGGAAGCACUUUGUCGAUAUUUAUUCAUUGCUUUUUGAACUGUAAAAGAUAUUGUAUUGCCUUUUCACACAUUCUUACAUGAAAGUUUUGUUACUCUA